UAAAACACCCAAAUCACUUGUCAUGAUAACAUAACAUCACAAACUCAACAUAGUAUUUGCAGUGUUCUUUCUCUGUCUCUCUCUCAUUCUUUGUUUCGAUUCAACUUCAAACUCAACACGAUCAUGAUGAAGGAAGUCAUUAUCCGUGAAGUUUGGGCAUACAAUCUAGACUAUGAAUUCAAUCUCAUCCGUCGAGCUAUCCAUCAAUGUCAUUUCAUCAUUUCAAUGGACACCGAGUUUCCCGGCGUAAUUCAUUCCUCCAAAGUUGACCGUGGUUAUCUUCAACCCUCUCAUCAGUAUCGUUACCUGAAAGCCAAUGUUGAUGAUUUGAAGCUCAUUCAAGUAGGACUCACACUUUCGGAUUCUGAUGGAAAUCUUCCAGACUUUGGAACCAAUAACUGUUACAUUUGGGAGUUUAAUUUUAGAGAUUUUGAUCUCAAUCAUGAUCCGUGUAAUCAAGAUUCCAUUGAUAUGCUCCGCCGUCAAGGGAUCAACUUUGAGCGCAAUUUCUGUCACGGUGUGGAUUCAAAGCGUUUCGCUGAUCUAAUGUUAUCGUCGGUACUUGUUUUUAACAAAUCACUUAUUUGGGUCACGUUUAGCAGUGCUUAUGAUUUUGGGUAUUUGGUGAAGAUCCUUACCGGAAAGAAUUUACCAAAUCUGCUAGAGGAUUUUUUAGAAAUAGUUCAAAUAUUGUUUGGAAAAAAUGUUUAUGAUAUGAAAUAUCUCAUGAAGUUCUGCAACUCUCUUUAUGGCGGUCUCGAGCGGGUAGCUACUACGCUUAAUGUGUGUCGGGCAGUAGGAAAUUCUCAUCAAGCCGCAUCGGAUAGUUUGUUGACGUGGCAUGCAUUCGACAAAAUGAUCAAGACUUAUUUCAAGGACAACGAAGCUCCCAAGCACGCUGCCGGAGUGCUGUUUGGAUUAGAAAUUGCAGUUUAGUUGUAAUGAAAAUUCAAGUACAUAAAUUGUAUUAGAAAUUGCAGUUUAGUUGUAAUGAAAAUUCAAGUACAUAAAUUGUAUUAGAAAUUGCAGUUUAAUUGUAUUAGAAAUUGCAGAAUUGUAAUGAAAAUUCAAGUAUAUAAAAUACUCAUCCUUUGAUUA